AAAUCAGAAUUUCUCACUUACAAUUACUUGUACGUUGAAAUCAUCAUUUUCUUUAUUCCAUAUUCGACAUUCAUUUCGAACGAAAUACAAAAAAAAUAUUCGAUCUUUGUAUUCUGUGUUCUGUGUCUUUUGUUUGAUUGAGUAAAAUUAUCCAAAAAAAACAAUGCACAUCACUGUACCGGAAGAUUCAGCAUUUGCACCAUAUGAAGAUCGUUGGUAUGAACGUGAAGCCGAUGGUUUUCGUACCUGUGGCCGUUGGCGUCGUGGUCGUAAAAAUCUAUUCAAUUUAGGACGUAAAAUUAAUCAAAUGGAUUUUGAACGUCGUAUUAUGGCUGAACGUAAAUUACGUAAUACAUUAAAACGAUUGGAUAAAACAACUGCAGAACCGGUCAUGGAACAAGGUAAUUAUUGUGAACGUAUCAAUUGGAAUCAUGUAUUUCCGAAUUGGUUAAAUUAUCGUGAACUUCAUAUGCAUCAUAAGAUUGUAUUGUAAAACUCAAAUUUUUUUCCGACAACAACAUAUGAACCAAAAAUCAUCGAAGAAGAAUAAAAUGAUCAAAUUGUGGCAUUAAUUUU